AUGAGUAUCAUUUCCCUCUCGUUUCUUGUGUUGUCAUCUAUUCAAAUUGUAAAUUGCGCCUACCAAGAAGAGCCUUACCACACGCUCACUGUUCCGUUCGGUACCGAAAAUGGUGGGCAGACUACCGAACAGGUAUUUAUGGAGUUUCAUUGUCAUACCGUGCUCUAUGACAGAAAUAUGGCGAUGAAAAUCACUUUGAAUUCUUCGGAAGAAGUGUUCAUGGCGAUGGAUAAAUGCGGCAUGAGAAUUUUUGAAACAACGGAAGAUACUGAUAAUGCAACAUUUAUACUUGGAAAAGAAUGGGUUGAGACAAUGCUGACUGGAAUUGACAAAACUUGUGAUGUCAUCAAUGAAUAUGCUGCUAAUUUCACAUUUGACUGUAAAGGACCCUGCAAUGGAACUAUCACGUUUUCUCUACUCGAAAUCAAUCCCGAUGACCUUAAAGCUAAUUAUGAAAAAAGUAAUUCAGCAACAGAAGCUAUUCCUUUUGAGACAUUAGCGGAAGAAGUGCCAGCAAUUGCCAAUGCUGAAAUGGGAGUUCUUAUCGAAGCAGUAUUCUUAAAUCCUUCCCUUCGUCUCGAAUUUGAUAUUGAGUACUCCACCGAUUACAUCAUGACACUAAGAAAAUGUAAUUUGGAGUUUUUGAAACUAACUGGAGAUGGGAACCCAAAGAAACAUGUCUUGACAUGGGAAGAGAUCAAACUGAUUCGAAUGGUAAAACUUACCGAGUGCCCUGAAAACCGCCAAGACACUGUCAAAUUGGCAAUGACCUCCGUCCAUCCAGGAUACGGCACUGUUACAUUCUCUAUGACCAGAAACAAGGUGAAUUUGCUUCAUCAUCCAGCAAACGACUACACUUCAAUGAUAUUGGCUCGUGGUGUGCCAAAACACGACUCUACUAGGAAAGCAGUGCCAAAAACAAAAAUGAGCAAUACAGUAGGUAUUCGAUUAGUUCCACUAGUCAUAUUUAUUGUUUCUUAUUUCACUAAUUGA